GCUAUCUUCGACUUGAGCGCCAAAGACGACAAGUGGGGUUUUGGUGGUGACAAAGUAGUUUCACCAUAUAUGUUCAAACUUCCCUUCCAUCAUCAAUUUUCCCACUGACUAGGUGAAAUCUAUCUAACAACUAAUCUUUAUAAUUGCUGAAUGGAUAUUAGCUUCUUGCUGUAGUCUAUCAAGCAGGCUAUGUCAACUCCAAUAUCUAGUCUAAAUAGCUUAUUUUCAUUCACCUCUCCUGCUGUAAAAAGACUUCUUGGUUGGAAACAAGGAGAUGAAGAAGAGAAGUGGGCUGAAAAAGCGGUUGAUUCACUUGUGAAAAAACUUAAAAAGAAAAAAGGUGCACUUGAAGCUUUAGAGCGAGCUUUAAGUAAUCCUGGUGAACCUUCAGAAUGUGUCACCAUUCCCCGAUCUCUCGACGGUCGACUUCAAGUUUCUCAUAGGAAAGGAUUACCCCAUGUAAUCUAUUGUCGUGUAUGGAGGUGGCCUGACUUGCAAAGCCAUCAUGAACUGAAACCUCUUGAGUUCUGCCGAUUUCCAUUCUCAGCUAAAGAAAAUGAGGUUUGUAUUAAUCCUUACCACUAUCAGCGAGUUGAAAGUCCGGUUUUGCCUCCAGUUCUCGUUCCUCGGCAUAGUGAGUACCCAAAUCUCAGCACUGUAACUCCCUCACCGGGUUUAUCACACUGUGGCAGCAGUGGGAUGUCUAGUUCCCGUUCAGCAUCUAAUCUAGGAAUGUUUCCGAUGACAGACUCCGUAAUGCCUUACAAUGUAAAUUACCCACACAACUUCAGUCAUUCUCCAUCUCUCCCUCCUGGAAACAGUGGAGCUUCUACAGACAGCACAGUUUCUGGACCUAUCCAUUCCCCUAAUAGCUCAAACCUCCAAUCCGGUUACCAAACUCAUCCCAACCAGGAUCCGGCUGCCUCUGGACAAACGAUGCAUCCAGUCAAUUAUCAAGAACCUAAAUACUGGUGUUCCAUUGUUUAUUAUGAAUUAAAUAAUCGUGUUGGUGAAGCAUUCAACGCUUCACAAUUAAGCAUAAUUAUUGAUGGUUUCACAGACCCAUCAAAUAAUUCAGAUCGUUUCUGUCUUGGUCUUUUGUCCAAUGUUAAUCGAAAUUCUACAAUUGAGAAUACAAGACGUCAUAUUGGAAAAGGCGUUCAUCUGUACUACGUUGGUGGUGAAGUAUACGCUGAAUGUUUGUCGGAUAGUAGUAUAUUUGUACAAUCACGUAAUUGUAAUUAUCAUCAUAAUUUUCAUCCAACCACAGUGUGUAAAAUUCCGCCUGGUUGUUCAUUGAAAAUAUUCUCAAAUCAAGAAUUCGCUCAUCUACUUAGUCGGACAGUACAUCAUGGUUUUGAAGCUGUUUAUGAAUUAACUAAAAUGUGUACAAUACGUAUGAGUUUUGUAAAAGGUUGGGGUGCGGAAUAUCAUAGGCAAGAUGUUACAUCUACACCAUGUUGGGUUGAAAUUCACUUGAAUGGUCCAUUACAAUGGCUUGACCGUGUACUCACACAAAUGGGUACACCAAGAAAUCCUAUUUCAUCAGUUUCAUAAAUUUCAUUAUGUUGUUACAACUCAUACUCUUUUCAACCGAUAUGCUCGAGCAAAAGUGAACAAAAAUAUGAUGUGAAUGUCUGGGAUUUUCAUCGGAAAGUAACACAUUGUUCUUCCAUAUUUAAUUGCUGUAUUAAAACCAUAAAUGACUUCAUUUAUACCAUCAGUACUAAAAUGCAUCUUUUCCAACUUAAGAUCUACUUCAAAUAAGAGCGUGCUUUUUAUCAACAUAUAGAAUAUGGAAAUAGUAAAUAAAAACAGAAGCGCCAUUUCUCAUUUCUAUCAUUUAUUUGUAUUUCUACACAUAUCUUUUUACUAUUUACAUUAGUUAUUAAUAUUUUGUGUGGGUGUGUGGGUGUUCGUACAGCGCCUUCUGAAAAUGCUAAUCACAUUGUUCUGUUAAUUGUUCAUAAUUUGAGUUUUUUUCUCUUUUCAUUCUGUCUUUUAUUAUUUUGUUUUUAACUCUGUGUAAACAUUGCAAGUUUACUUUUUAGAAUCAUUGUAAUAUACAACAUUACUGUCUCAUUGUUUUAAUGAAUCCCCACGCUCAUUCAUGGAGGUAUAUAUAUAUGUACACAUAUACAUGUCUUUUUUAUUCACAUUUAGACUGCAUACAUACUGUGUUUGCGCGUAUAGUUGUUCUCCCUACUCUUUCAAAACUUCAUUUGUAUAUAAUAAUAAAUUCAAUGAAUCUUUUGUUUUCUGAAUGUUCCAUAUGGUGUUUUGAAUUCCAUCAGUUUUUAUUUUAUUUUUUGCAUUUAUUUAUACUGUCAUCAUUAUGAUAAAGCAAGCAUAGGAAGUAGUAACUUUUGUCGCAAUCCAGUUGUGCAAUUAUUAUUACUUAUAAUGUUGUCUUUUCUUAGAAAACGAUUUUACCGUAAUUAAUUUUUCAUAUGAAAAUUUUCAUAACUGGUCAAUUGUUUGAUUUAUUUACUACCUGUUCCCAGUGUCUAUAUCGUUUUCAUUUUAUUGUAUUGUAGUUACGUUCGACCUGCGAAUAAAUAAAAAAUCAAUCAGUAGUAAAUAUCUGCAGCUUUUUCACUCACAUACUGACGAGCGCCUAUUUGUUUAACUAACAUGUCAAAUAGUUUUCCUUAUUUCUACGUCUCAUAUGAACUUUUCCUGUCAGAUUCUUAAUUUACCUCCCAUGUGUUGCUUUCUUUGCCUAAUUAUGACAGCUUUGUUAUGAAAGACAACUAAACUCAUUCUUUAUUGUCUGAAUUUAUCUACACAUUUAAUUAUUAAAUGUUCUCGUCGUUUUUCUUCUUACCCCCCUUUCCUUGUCUCUCUCAUGUAACAUUUUUAUUGAAAAUAGACGACCAUAUUCUUUUUGAUGAAUCGUUCAUUGUGUUUUUUUUGCGAACUACUCGCUCAGUCGACUUCCAAUAUGAAAAAGAAUCGCUGAGAAGUUCUCUGUUUCUCUUAGUUUGCCUAUUUACUAUAAAAAUGGUACUGCUGUGCAAUGAUUCUUAGUGUAGUAUAUCAAAUAAACUAGCCGGUUAUUUUCAACUGGUUUAUGA